UUCCAAUUUAUUCAGUAGUACUUUAGACAACGUAAAUCAAACAACUCAACAAUGUCUAAUACAAUUUUAACCAUAUUUAUGGUGUUGUUUCUAACACAGGCCACUUUUGGUAAACCCAUAGACAACACUUCCAAAUCCGAAGACUCUGCCGAAGAAAUUAACGAUUUAACACCCAAACAACAGCUUUUGGUCUACGUCACCGAAAAUUUACAACAAGUAUAUCAACCAUUUGUCGAAAAUCUUGUUCAUAUAGGCCAUAAUUUGCUGCAGAACGAUUCCUGGGUGGAAAAAGAUAGCCCGAAACAUUUAGAGUUGAAAAAAAAUUUAACCAUGUUUGUGGAAAGAUAUGGUGCAACCAACAAGGAACCAAAAGAAGAGUCUGCCAAUACUACCGAACUUCCUGAGGCAGCUGUAACACCAGCAUCAACAUUUAACUUGGACCAGCUAAUCAAAGAUAUGAAUCAACACCAAAUGGAAUUUAUCAAAGAAUUUGAUCAAUUUGUGGAGAGUUUCAAGGAAAGGUUUGAACAGUCUAAAAUGUUAUUGGAAAAGCCUCUAUUGGACUGGUAUGAGAAGUUUAUAACUUUAACAGAUGUAAGGAAAAAACUUACAGCUUUCAAUGAGUUUGUAGAUUUGGCUGCAGCAUGAAAUAGUAAUUAUUAAAAAGUAAUAAAAUGAAUGAUUUAUGUGAAAAAGAA